AUGGGUUGUGGUUAAUCAUCUGCUUCAUUUUUUGAGUCCAGAGUUUUGAUUUACAUUUAUUAUGGUACUACAUCAGGAAACUCGAGUAGAAUGGCAUUCUAAUGGCAAGUCAAACAAGAAAACUGAACUUUCUCCCUAAGGGUAAGGAUGUAAUCUAAAAUUUAGUAAUUAAUCUAAGUGAAUUUGAACCUGAUUAAAGAAGUUCUUAGAAAUUGGCUGUGUUUUUUGUCUCCACUUAUGGAGUUGGAUCUAGCUCCUCAGAUCCUUAGAAGUUUAAUUCUUGGAUUUUUUCAAAAGAGAGAAAAAAUGAUGAAUUCAAGAACAUGUCUUACAUAGUAUUCUCCCUUGGGAAUACUAAUCAUGAAAAUUAUUGUUAAUUUGGGAUUAAACUAGAAAAAAGAUUGGAGGAACUUGGAGCGAAAAGGCUCUUUGCUUAGGAAAAGGAAAUGCAGCCAAAAUACAAUUGAAAAUGAUUAUCAAACUUGGAUAAGUACAGGAGUGGAAGAAACCCUUAUUAAAACAUAUCCUGCAUAGACAUGUGAUCCGAAAAGUUUGAAUAAUCAAUUUAAAAGAUCAAAUACACAAAUGAACCUGAAAAUGUAAAUGUUGAAAAUUUGGAUUAUUAGGAAUAAAAAUAUAAAUCUAGCAUUAUUGUAAAACUUUAUUUAAUUCAAUAAAUAUACACAAUACCUUCACUAUAAAUGAAAUAAGAGAACUAAAGAAGUGACCAACACUGGGAAACUCAACUCUAUUUAUUGAACUUUUUGCUGAUAAUAUUAACUAUGUUACUGCAAGUAAUAUAGCCAUCUAUCCAAAGAACUCAGAGUAAUAUUAAUAUUUUACAUAUUAGCCAAGAUAUCAAUGAAUUAUGUAAUUAACUGAGAUUUGAUAAAAAUAUGAAAUUUGAAGUAAUUACAACAAUGAAGCAUCCAUUUCCUAAUCCAAUUUCAAUCUAUAAUUAUUUAAAAAAGUAUAGAAAUAUAUAUUAUCAAUAGGUAUUGUGAUUUUACUGGUUUGAUCACAAAAUAACAAUUAAUGGAACUAUCUAAUUAAGAAAAAAGAGAAAAAAUUUACUAACUGUUAUCAAAAAAUAAAUAAACCCUAGAUUUUUUCACAAUAGCAUCUAGUAGUAUGAAACAUCCAAAAACAUUCAUAUUUUAGCAAGUCAACUUGUUUUGUAUGAAAAAAGGGUUGGACUUUGCAGUUAAUAUUUUUGAAAUUUAAAAAAGGGUCUUAGUUAAAAGGGUAUCUUUAGGAUUCUAAAUUUGCUUUCACUAAAAAUCCUAAAGCGCCAAUGCUAUUACUAGGACCAGGAUCAGGAUUGGCACCAAUGAGAGUAUUGAUUUAAGAAAGAGAUUAUUAUUUUGAAUCAAAUAAUUUAGAACAAUCUCCUUUUUAAGGAAAUAUGGAAUUAUUAUUUGGAUGCAGAACUGAAGAUGAAUAUUUUUUUGAAGAAGAACUGAAGCAUUAUGAGAAGAACUGUACUUUGAGUAAUUUGAAAGUUGCCUUUUCAAGGAAGGCUGUAAAAUAAUGUGUGACAGAUAUUAUGGAUUUACACCAAAUACAUUCUCAUUUAUAAAUGGAAGGAAUCAUAUAUAUAUGUGGAUCAGCAUAAAUGGGUAGAGAUAUUACAAACAAGAUACAGGACAUGUUUAAACAGAUUGAAAAUAUUGCACCUUAUUUAGCAUUUAAAAAAUUAGUGAGUUGGAACAGAAGCAUUAGCUAAUUACAGAAUUAUGGGGAUGAUAUUGAUCUACAAUAAUGUCUUAAUAGAUAAAAUUGUUGUAAUUACAUGUGA